AUGUAUCCCACGCCAAUCAACUUUUCCACCAUGACUUUAACCUUUCAAGAUUUAAGUGAUAGAGCAAUAAGAUUGUUUGAAGAAAAGAAGGAGAGAGUGAUCAUUGGAGUUGCUGGGAUCCCUGGAUCAGGGAAAAGUACUGUAACUGAAGCUGUUGGUAAAAUCAUUAAUAAAUCUCAUAAAUGUGUAGUCGUUGGAUUAGAUGGGUUCCAUUAUACUCGGGAAUAUUUGAGAUCUUUAGAGAAUAGUGAAGAGGCGUUUAUCAGGAGGGGCGCUCAUUUUACCUUUGAUGCUAAAAGUUGUGUGGAGUUUGUUAAGAGCUUAAGAGCACGCACCACAAUCUCCGCACCAUCAUUUGACCAUAAGUUGAAAGACCCCGUUAAUAAUGGAACUAUCAUUCCAGGUGAGGCCGAGAUUCUUCUCGUAGAAGGUCUUUAUGUAUUGUUGAAUAUUGAUCCGUGGAAUCAAAUAUCUCAAUAUCUUGAUGAUUCGUGGUUUAUCAAUGUCGAUUUAGAUGUUGCUAGAGAUAGGGUAGCUAAAAGGCAUGUUGAGGCAGGGAUUGAACCAACCAUUGAGAAAGCUUACCAAAGAGUCGACUCCAAUGAUAUCAUCAAUGCUCACCUUAUUAUGGAUAACUCAAUUCCUGCGAAUUUGAUAAUUUAG